AUGAGUCUAAACCGCUGCCUCACCAGAUAUAGGUUAAGGCAAUGGGGUCUCCAAUCAGAUGCAAGUUGUCUCCUGUGUGGUGAUAACGAUGAGAGCCGCAACCAUCUAUACUUCAACUGCAACUGCUCGUCGGAAAUCUGCUCCUCAAUAGCUUCACGGUUUGAAUUUCUACCUCAGGGAUCAUGGCAUGAAAGUAUUAACCAGAUGCAAGCAAUAACACGAAACAGCUUCAGAAGAAAACUCUUACGUUGA